AUGGUAAGGCUGGUUCGGUCUGGCAGGAUACCGCUGCAGCGCAUGCCCUCAGUGCGCACUCGGCUGCGUGUUACUAACCAGCUGGAAGAUUUCUUGCGAGACCAUCAGCCCGAUACUUUUUCCCGCAAGUAUGUCCAGUGUUACCCACCAGGCCUCCACUCUCUCCGUCUGAGCAAGGCCGCUGAGAAGCUUUACAACUUCAUGGAUGCGCAAUAUUUUGGCAAGGUUGGUCUGGGAUCACCAGAACAGAACUUCACUGUGGUCUUCGACACGGGCUCAGCAGAUCUGUGGGUGCCAUCCUCCUACUGUGUCACUCAAGCAUGUGCCAUGCACCGCAAGUUCAAGGCCUUUGAGUCCAGUACCUACAUGCACGAUGGCAGAGUCUUUGGCAUCCAUUAUGGCUCAGGACAUUUGCUGGGUGUGAUGGCAAGGGACACCCUCAAGGUGGGCACAGUGACAGUACAAAAACAGGAGUUUGGUGAGGCAGUGUAUGAGCCAGGCUUUGCCUUUGUCAUGGCACGUUUUGACGGUGUACUGGGCCUGGCUUACCCCAGUCUGGCCCAGGAGCUGGGAGCGCCCGUCUUUGACAGUAUGAUGAGCCAGAAGGCCGUGGAUGAGCCUAUGUUCUCUUUCUACCUCAGCAAGAGUGCGAGCUCAUCAGGCCUUGAAGGGGAGCUGCUCCUGGGUGGUAUUGAUGAAACUCUGUACACUGGCCCCAUAAACUGGAUCCCUGUCUCUCUGAAAGGCUACUGGCAGAUUAAAAUGGAUUCAGUGAAGAUCCAGGGUGCAGUGGGCUUCUGCCAGGGUACCCAUGGUUGCCAGGCAAUACUGGACACUGGCACCUCUCUCAUCGCUGGCCCCACUGGUGAUAUUCUUAUGCUACAGCAGCUCAUAGGAGCCACUCCUACCUCUAUUGGAGAGUAUCUGCUUGACUGCAAAAGGAUCUCAAGUCUACCUGUACUGUCGUUCACAUUGAAUGGAGUGGAGUAUUCUAUAACUGCAGAGUCCUAUGUAAAACGGGAGAUGGUGGGAAAUCGAGAGAUCUGCUUCAGUGGUUUCCAGGGAGUCGACAUCCCAACUUCACUAGGACCUAUCUGGAUCCUGGGGGAUGUCUUUCUCUCCGAGUUUUACAGCAUUUAUGACCGAGGACAGAAUCGCGUGGGCUUAGCUCGUGCACGGCAGUAG